AGUUAUUCAAGAUGGCGGCGAAAGGCAAGCAGAGUGCUGAACAAAUUGUAGCCGGUUUUCAGGAACUUAGGCAGCAACAGAGGGCUUUUGCGACAAAAACAUCAGAACUAGAGAUGGAUAUGAAGGAACACGAGUUGGUCAUUGAGACACUGAAGGAAGUUGAGGACGACAGGAAGUGUUUCCGGAUGGUCGGCGGUGUCUUGGUAGAGAGGACUGUCAAAGACGUUCUACCUGCCCUCAUCAGCAACAGAGAACAGAUGGGUAAAAUUGUUGAAACAUUGACAGAAAAGCUAGAGUCAAAAGGUACGGAAAUCAACAAAUACAGAGAACAACACAAUCUGAAGAUAAAAGGAGAGGAGUCCAAAGAGAUUGAGAAACCAGACCAGGAGGUAAAAUCUGGAGGAGUUCUGGUGGCGAAAGAGUCCUAAAUGUGUCGGUGUGUGACUAUAUAUAUAUAUAGCAACUUGUGCUUGAUCAGAUGGUAUAACCUACAGUGAACACUCCCGACCUUGGCGGGCGAUGGGGUAUACCCACAGCUGGCUUAUGGUGGAUUUACAAAACUUGCACAUUUAAAGACUGUGUUAGCUUUUGGUAUCUUUAUUUUUAACACAACUUUCACCACUGUAGACCGUAAUGGACUUUUCCAGAUCAAUGGAUGGUAGAGUCUACUAAAGUUACAUAGGAGUGAAAGGGUUAAUAAAUACCUGACAGAAUGUUCAUGAAGAACCUUUUAUUGAAUAUUUGGAUUGCAUAAUGUUCAAGUAGAAUUCAUUGGAAAUAAUUUUAAAAGCUUUUCAUCGCCACAGUCGAACAUAAAAGUUAAUCAAAAUGUCACAAAUAUAAAAAGACGAAGAACAAAAAAGGUAACUACCUGGUAACUGGAACAAGUGAAAUACAAAUGUGUUCCUAUAUACUUUUGAUUUGGACAAUUAAGGGAGAUACUCUGUGUUUAUCUUCUGCGUCAUAUACCGGGUAACUGGAACAAGUGAAAUACAAAUGUGUUCCUAUAUACUUUUGAUUUGGACAAUUAAGGGAGAUACUCUGUGUUUAUCUUCUGCAUCAUAUACCGGGUAACUGGAAUUCAAGCUGGUUGUUGGUAAUGCAUGCAGCACAAGUCAAUUUUUUUAUACGUUUUUUGCUAACAGUCAAAUAAAUAUUGUUUUGUUCAUAUUAAGCUGUCUUUUGAAACCGAGGAUAUGAAUGUUCACAUGGAAAAUAUCACAUAUACCUGGUGUUCAAGUUUUACCCAAGUUCUGGAGGAAGGUUCAAGUUUACAUCUCUGCCGUAUCCUUAUAUUAGCUUAAUUCGUUCACCCCUGAAGACACAUUUGAACUCAUCCAAUUCAAAGGUUGGAAUAGUUGAUAAAGAAAUUUCAGGGGUGAAUCAGAUGUCAUCAGAUAACAUUUUAACUAAAAUUGAAAUAAUGUAUAUCCUUUGAUUCAAAAUGAUUACAUACGAAUAAGGGUUAGUAAAAAAUACUUGCAUUUCUUGAAAUAUUUGUCGUAAGUCCAACACAUUGGGAAAAUCAAAUCUUCGAAGUUCAAUUUAUGGAAGUUAAAUCUGGUCAUUUGACAGGUUUGUUUUACUGGCUUCUUGGCCAUUUCUUCAUCUGAACCUUGGCAUUAUAAAGAGGGGAUGACAGUGUAUGGAAGGUAUAAAGAAGUGUUACUGUGGUGACUUGUACAAUCUGGUUGCUGGAGUAAUGUACACACUUUCAGGUGUGAAAUGUCAGAUGUUGGUGAAUGACAAGUCUAAAUGCUGGUGUGUUCAAACAUUUACAUUAUUGAGUGAAUUUGAGAGUGAGAGAGUGUAAUUUUUAUCCCUUUUUGUUAAUUAGAAGUUAUUUAAGAAUGAUUUGAACCAUUUUCAUUUCUGGGUCCCCCUAUGGGGAUUGCGCUUGGAGAAAUAGUGGAACAGGUUCUGUAAGAGUAUCUCUAUGUAAUAAAAACUUAACAUGCUGAACA